AGACAUGCCCACUGAAUUCAAUACUACUCUCAAUAGCUUCAGAAACACACAAGAAGACAGAGCUGCUGCUUUCAAAGUGCUGCAUGCAGGGCAGACGUAUUGCGGCAACCGGACCUCGUAGAGACUCACGGAUGGCGUGGUGGAUUCGGUUGAAAAGAGUUUCAAGGAUGAAGAGAAUCCGAUGUAGAACUUUCUGGCUGGCAGUCAGUCUUGGUGUGUUGGUCCUCAAUCUCGGAAGGAAUUAUAGUGACCAAACAAAGAACCUUCACAAAUGGGAACACAUAAACAAACGCAUUUAUAAUGAUGAGAGACAAGAGCAGGACAGUCAAAUUAAACAAGAACCUCCAAGCCAUUAUGUCUUCCCCUGGCCAAAAUGUCAAGAAAAUACAUCUGCUGCGAACGUCACAGAUUUCAGCUCUCUUCCUCGUCGUAUAAAAGACUUUCUGUACUAUCGACACUGUCGGCAUUUCCCCAUGCUACUGAACGUUCCAGACAAAUGUGGAGGAGCAAAUAAAUCUGCAGAUGUCUUCCUCCUUCUUGUCAUUAAGAGCUCCCCCGGAAACUACGAACGCAGAGAGGUACUGCGCAAAACCUGGGCUAAAGAGAGGCUACACAAUGGUAAGAAGAUCCACAGGGUCUUCAUCUCAGGAACAACUGAUACUGGUUUUGAAAAACUGAGACAGAACAAACUACUUGAAAUGGAGCAUCGUGAGUACAAUGACAUUCUCCAAUGGGACUUUGUGGACACAUUCCUCAACCUCACACUGAAGCAGAUACUCUUCCUCGAAUGGAUGGAGAGGAACUGUCCAAAUGCUCGCUUCUUGCUGAACGGUGAUGAUGAUGUUUUUGCCAACACAGACAACAUGGUGGAGUAUCUCCAAAGCCUCAAGGACAAUGAUGGAAGCAAACACCUCUUUGCCGGCUCUUUAAUGAGUGGCGACCCCAUCAGAAACCCAAAUAGCAAAUAUUAUGUUCCUGUUCAAGUCGAGAUAAAUUCAUUCCCUAUUUAUUGUAGUGGUGGGGGCUUCCUCCUGUCUGGCUAUACAGCUAUGGUCAUAUACAAGAUGUCUCAGUCCAUUCCCAUUCUUCCCAUUGAUGAUGUUUACAUGGGGAUGUGCCUGGCCAAAGCAGGACUUAAGCCUUCUAACCAUAUAGGUGUGAAGACAUUUGGAGUAAAUAUUCCCUCAACUAAACUGGAUCAAUAUGACCCUUGCUAUUAUAAAGACAUGUUAUUGGUGCACAGAUUCCUUCCACAAGCCACAUUUCUUAUGUGGCAAAGAAUACAUGACUCCAAACUGAAAUGUUAAUAUUUCAGUGUUUAGUAGCAUGAGGUUGUAGUGGUGGCAGUAUGCUGAACACAGUUCAUCAACUCUAGGGUUGGUAUCAGGUCAGAGGCACUUAGAAAUUUCUUUCUUUAUGCAAGCUUAGUUAUCUUAGCAUUAUAAAAUGAUCGUCUUAAUUCAAUUCACACUUGACAAUGACACCUGAUCCUGAUUCAGUUUUCAUCAUGUUUUUUUAUUUCAAUGACACAUCAAGAUGUUGCAAAUUUGCAUCGUGCACUUGCUCUUGGGAUGUGUGUAAUGGUCUAACGUCAUGUAGUAAUCUUUUGCUUUAGCUCAGUGAUUUAUAGUAGUAGUACAUUCAGUACUGUACAGUACAGUAUAUUCAGUGGUUUUAUAUUAAGUUAAGGAAGACUUGGGCAAAUGUUCUGUACGUACACUCAACAAAAAUACACGUGACGUGCACACAUGAAUAAUGUGAAAUAAGAUGAGUGUUUAUUGAGCAAAAUACAAGUUAAAUGUGCAAUGAAGUGUGGAAGUGAGUGCCAGUGUCUGGUGUGACUGCACUGUUGAUCAUGUCACUGAUUGUGGCCUGUGGAAUAUUGGUCCAUAUUAGAAAUAAGCCUUACACGUUUUUCCUUGAUUUCAUGGAAAAUGUUAUCAAAAACAAAAGUCUUGCAUCUAUAUUUUUUGUGUGUCAGUGUAAAUCUGUACGGACCUUUUUUAAAUAAUGCGUUCUAUGUAUUACACGAUUAUAUCCUUUUUGUCAGCUUGACUACUAAUUGAAUAUUGUUUCAAAAAACACCAAUGACCAAAUUUCAGUUUGCUGACUUCACUUUUUUUAAUCAUUAUUUUGAAAUUAGCGACAGCACACAUUAAUAAACAUUCAUGUGUAAAUGUGCCAAAUAUUUAAAAUCGAUCACAGAUUUAAAAGACGAUCAGUGAUCAAAAUCACUGUCACUUCAUAAAUGUCUGAAUGUGAUUCCACAAUCCAUACACGGUCAGACAUGAAUGUAAACUGCAACAUGACUGGUGGGUGGAGGCAUAACAAAGACAAGGUGGUGAAGUUAGUUGUUGUGUUAAAACUUUGACUUGUGCAGGGAUAUUAUAAUGCUAAAGGUUUAGUAAGUCUUUUUAGUUAGUCUUUUUUUUUCUUUUAUUUACUUAAUAUUAUUUUGUCUCCACAUUCAGAUGAAGGCAUGAGUCAAAAUGUGUUGGUGUGCUUUUUGUGUCUUUUAAAACAAUCUGCGAGUGCCUUGAUUUUUAUUUUUGUCAUGGAUUUCUAUGUUUCUCAGACAGAAUCACAAAUGUUGUUCUAUGACUAUACUGUAUAGGCUAUGCUUUAAAUAUUAUUACUGAAAUAAAUAGAUUUAAGAGAUAUAA